GUUGUCCAUGAGUUAGGGAGACUACAUGGACGAUGUCGAUGAAAUUCAAGAGCAGCUAGAACUCAAAGACAGAGAGAUCUUGAAACUCGAAAAGGAGAACCAGAGUCUCUCUGUUACUCUCAAAGCUGCCCAGAACCUGCAGAGAGAUGAAGGCAAAUCUCUGGAGGACAGCAAAGAGCUGCAAGAGCAGAAAAAAGCCCUUGAUGAGGAAAGAAAAGAGGUUCAGAAAGCCAAGAAAGAGCUCGAGCAGAAGACAAAAGAUCUGCAUGAGGAAAAGAUCUUUCUGGAGAAACAACAGAAAGAACUCCAGACUCACCAGACAGAGCUGGAGCAGAAGGACAAAGAUCUGCAAGAAAAGAAGAUCUUUCUGGAGAAACAACAAGAAAAACUCCAGACAAACCAGAAAGAGCUCAAGCAGAAGAGCGAAGAUCUGCACAAGGAAAAGAUCUUUCUUGAAAAACAGAAAAAAGAAGUCCUGAUAAACUGGAUAGCAAUUGAGCAGAAGGACAAAGGGCUUCAAGAAGGAAAGAUGUGUCUGGACAAGCAGAAAAAAGAAGUCCAGACAAGUAAGAGAGAACUCGAGCAGCAGAGAAAAGAUCUGCAAAAAGAGAAGAACUUACUUCUCAAGCUGAAAAAUGAAGUGCAGAGAAACAUGAAACAGCUCGAGCAGAAGACCUAUAAGCUGCAAGACGUCAAGGAGGAGCUGGAGCACGACAGAAAACAGCUGCAGAACCAAAAAAAGCAUCAGAGGAGAUAAAGAAAGAAUGUCAAGCUGAGAAGAAAGAACUUGAAGAGACUCGGAAAGUUUUAGAAGCUCAGAAUGUUGAAGUCAACAAAGAGAAGUCAGAAAUGGAGGAACAGAGGAAGAUUCUGGACGAGAAACAAAAAGAACUGGAUGAGGUGAAAGAGAAAAUGAAGGA